AUGAGAAACAUCUUCGAGGUGAAGGAGCCGCCGGGCGUGGAGCCAGCCCCACCUUCAGUAUAUGGAUAUCGGCCAUAUAUAUUGUCCUUUUCGGCGGCAUGGGCAUCCGCAAUGUAUGGCUACGACUCCGCAUUUAUUGGAGGCACCUUGGCACUUCCCUCCUUCAAGAGAGCGUACGGGCUUGAUGUUGCAUCGCCUAGUCAAUUAGCUAGUCUCUCUUCCAAUAUAGUUUCCACGUUCCAAGGUGGUGCAUUUUUCGGCUCCAUGUUUGGUUUCUACCUAGCAGAACGUUUUGGUCGCAAACCGAUUCUUCUCUUGUCCGCCGUCAUAUUCUCUAUUGGUGCUGGUAUGCAGCUUGGAGGCAUCAUUGGCUUGCUUUAUGCCGGACGCGCCCUCACUGGGCUAGGUGUCGGUGCAACAUCUAUGAUUCUACCUAUCUACAUUUCAGAGUGUGCACCACCAUUGAUAAGAGGCCGUCUUGUCGGCUUGUUUGAAGUAAUGCUUCAGGUAGCCCUUGUCUUCGGUUUCUGGGUCAACUACGGCGUCAACUUAAAUAUAUCCCCCGACAAUCCCGCACAAUGGCACAUUCCUGUGGCUAUACAACUCGUUCCUGCCGGACUCCUUCUUCUAACUGUGCCUUUCUUCUGUGUGGAGUCUCCGCGAUGGCUUGUUUCGAAGAAUCGCAGCGCGGAUGCUCAGGCUUCUCUCGCGUGGGUCCGGAAUUUGCCUGAGGACCAUCACUAUGUUCAGCAAGAACUAUCCAGAAUCGAACAUGGAGUCAAUCAUGAGUUAGAGAUGGCUGGAGACUCAUCUGGAAGAUUUACUCUCUUCAGAGAGCUGAUGGCUCCAGGAGUGAGGAAUCGGGUAACAAUUGGCACUCUCCUUAUGGUCCUUCAAAAUCUCACUGGAAUCAAUGCAAUCAACUACUACUCCCCAACCAUCUUCAAAGCCAUCGGUUUUACGGGGACCUCGGUCGGGUUGCUAGCCACCGGUGUCUACGGACUUGUCAAGAUGGCUAGUUGUUUUAUCUUCGUAGCCUUCUUUGUUGACAAGGUGGGCCGACGGCUUCCUCUCCUCGUUGGCUCCGUGGGUGCCGGCAUUGCUAUGUACUAUAUGGGUAUAUAUGUGGCAGUCAGCGACUCCCUGAAUAAAGCGCCUCCCAGAGAUGCCGGUGCAAAUGCAGCUCUUGCCAUGGUCUACGUGUAUGCAAUCUUUUACGGGUUCUCCUGGAACGGUAUUCCCUGGUUAUAUACCUCGGAAAUUCUGCCUACCAGGGUGCGGACUUUGGGAAUGGCUACUGGGGUUUGCAUCCAAUGGCUAUCGCAGUUCAUGGUUGUGUAUGCACUUCCAUACAUGAUCAAGGGGAUCGGAUAUGGAACCUUUAUCUUCUUUGGAACUUGUACUGUGUUGGCAUUCUUCUUUGCGUAUUUCUUUGUUCCAGAGACGAAGGGUGUUACGAUUGAAGACAUGGAAAUGCUAUUCGGCCGAGACGUCUCUUGUAUUGCGGUGAAAGCAAGAAAGAAUUACAUAGCACAUAGAAACGACCCUGACUCUGCGGUUUAUCAGACCGAAGUCAUGAAGUCGGACCGCGACGACAGAGAGGAGGUUUAA